AUGGAGUGGUACAGCAUCAGCUAUCAAGCUUAUGAAGUGGUACAGCAUCAGCUGUCUAUCUAUCAAGCUUAUGGAGUGAUAGAAAUGAGAGCAGAUUCUGACACAUACAGUUGUAAUUAUGGCUACAAUAUUCCCAUCAUCAAUAUGAAGUCCAACACUAAAAUGUCGGGGAGGAGGACACAGGCAGUGGCUCAUACAUCACAGGCUGGUGUGCAGAUACGAGAUUGUUAUGACGAGGUUCAGAUAUAUCAGAUCAGGUUACCCUUUACCACAACAAACUGCAGUCAUAAGAAGCAUGUUACACACAAGGAUACCUGUGAUGGACAGACGAAAAAAAGGAGAAAACGAGAGCGUAGUCACCUAAAAAGAUCAAAACGUCACAAACUUUCAUUGGAUGUUCCUCGCUUUGAUCCCGAUCUGACAGACCUGAAUGAUAUGAGAGAUGUUGAGGAAGAAUGCCUGAAGAAAGAGGAACGCAGGAAAAGCAUUAGGGAAAAGCUGGAGAGGGGACAAGAAUAUCUGUUUACUAAGCUAGAGGAGAGAGACAUACAUGACCGAGCAGAGAUCUACUCCAUGUCUGUGUCACCAGAUGAAGAUUACUAUGUUCCUCCUGAUGAACAGAAUUCAGACACAAUUAUCUUGACUACCAAUGGGCGUAAUCGUCAUAGAUCAUUCCAGUUACCGAAAAAGCGGAAGAGAAGGAACUAUAUGUCUGACAGUGUUUUCCUGACCUACCGAAGUGAAUGUGACCCUUAUGACAACAGCCAUAAACUGCCUCUAGGCAGUAAGCUGAUUCGCCCACCUGACAAGCUAGUAGAACUGGUAGGCCAAGCCAUCGAUGGUAGCCCUGAUGGUCUAUUACAGGUCCCACAGAUCUACACAGUUGUACAGAAUAGAUAUCCAUUUUUCCGUUACAUGGAUCGAUCUGCACUGUCAAGCUGGAGGAGCUCGAUAAGACAUGCAUUAUACCAAAAAUGGUUUAGGAAGAUUCGAUUUGGAACUCAUGCCAUCAACACCAAGGGUUGUUACUGGGCAAACAAUCACACAUACGUACCCGUCAACAGAAAGGAGGAGACCAGUUAUCGGCGUAAUAAACCUCUCAUCGACUGUGAGCAGCAGAGUCGAACAGAGAAUCAAGGGUCAGAGAAGCACCACUUUGAUGACUUUGACCUUGACCCUGACACUCAUGACAAAGUUAGAGCUCUCCUAACAGAGGAAAAGGAAAAAGAAAAGGAUCUACCUGAAGAUUAUGGCAAUAUUGAGGAUGUGGUAUGUAUCGCUAAGGAGUAUGGGAUAUCUCUGGCCGAGUAUGGUCCAUUGUUAGGAAUGGAUGACACCAGCAAAUCCUCCAAGAAUGACACCGUCCCAUCACCUGUACGUGACCCAGACCCGAUCCUGUCUACAUGUGGGCGUGACCCUGACCCAAUCCUGUCAACUUGUGGUGUAGACUGGCAGAUGAGCACCAAAGAUCGCAUGCUUACUUCAUUUGGGUCAAAACAAGUUUUGACUUCGCCAGCAGUCUUACCUACCACAUCCCUGGAGUGGAAUGAACAACAGAGAGCUGUACACAGUAUCACUUAUCCUCUGUCCAGCUCUGCUGCCUCACAUACCUGUUUUGGACUGACCAGUCCUGUCCAAUUCAGUGCCAAAUCAGAUAUCUUACGAAUGGACUACAGGUGGGAUAACCCUGGUGGACUGUUGUCCGACCCAGGAAUGGGACCAGCCUCUCAAUCAUCAGAUGGUUACCAGUUCUCUAACGACCCCUGUGAACCACCAAUAUCGUUUGAUAUAGAACAGCUUCCUGAAAUGUAUAAUUCUGAUAUGUUCAUGCCAGAAAAUUACUUCAGUGAACUAAGUUAA